AUGUGUAAAUGCGUUGCUGUGUAUAUUAUUAUCAUUACAGUCAUUCAAUACUCUAGUGGAUUCAAGCAUGGCGCUCAUAAUCUAUUUUAUGAUACCUACAGUUCGCAUAAAUCCUCCGGUAUAUAUCGCAAUGGGCUUUCGAAGGCACACAGUAACCUGAAUUCUGAACUUAUAGGUAUUCCUAAUAACCGUUCUGAGGAUGUUUCUGCUUCUCCAAAAACUCUUCUUCAGAAAUGUGGAAUAGCAUCUAAACUGACAUCUGGGAUAUGUACCAUACUACCAGUUGGCAAUAGAAUAGUUAAUCGCAUAAAACGUAUAAUUGCUACAGAAAUGUCCAGUAUAGGUGCAGCAGAAGUCACUUUUCCGAUUAUGCAAUAUGCAUCUCUUUUCAAAUCUGGGUCUAAUCCUUUUGAUAAAGAGUUAUACAAAGUUAUAGACAGAGACACGCAGGAACAUGUUUUGAGUCCAACAUGCGAAGAUUUGGCUACAGUAGUACUUAGAGACGUUUGUUCUCCGUUCUCUAAGAAGUUUUUACCCCUAUUGGUAUACCAAGUAAACACUAAAUUUAGAGAUGAGAUACGCGCAAAUAGUUUAAGAUGCAAAGAGUUUAUCAUGAAAGAUGCCUAUUCGUUCCAUUCUGAUGAAAGUUCCGCGGAAGACAUGUAUUCAAAAUUUUUAAUAACCUACGGGAAGAUCCUUGAUACCAUGGGUAUAAAAUAUCAUACAAGGGAAAUGAAUGAAGCCGUUAAGAGUCAUGAGUUUAGGGCAUACAUGAGCAAAAACAGAGAAGAUGAAGAUGAAACAGUAGAGGUCGCACAUAUCUUCAAAUUUGGUACCUUAUAUACAAAGAAACAUGAAAUGGAACAUGAGGGAAGCGGUAGAAAAAAGGAAGAAAUUCACAUGAAUUCUUAUGGUAUGGGUAUUUAUCGUUUACUCAACGUUCUAGUAUAUAAUAACUUUGAUAAAUAUGGCAUUAAACUACCACAGGUGGUGGCACCUUAUGAUAUAGCCAUAAUAUCCUGCAAUGAAGACACCGAAGCUGCUGUAGCUGUCAAAAAUUUUCUCCUUAUGAAGGGACUAUCUGUUGUCCUUGAUAUAAGAGAUAUUUCUAUAAAGGAUAAAUUUGCUGACAUGAAGCGAAUUGGUGUACCACACCUUCUACUCCUAUCAGAUAUUUUCCAGUCAAAAGAAGUAAAUGUUCCUGGCGCAGAAUUAGUAGCUGCACUUUCCGAGGGCUGCAAGGUUUCCAACUAUUAUAAUUUGGGUCAAUCUAACGAAAACAUAACUGCAAAGAAUCAAGAAUGUAGCAUUAAAAAGUAUCUCAAUAUGAGAGUAGAAUAUCAUCCCAGAAUUACUAAUGACAGUUUUAUAAUUCCAGUACGUGGUUUUAUUGAAAUAUUAAAAAUUUACAAGUAUAUGUUUAAGCGUGUGUUAUAUCUGGUGGGAACAGUCAUCCACAUUGCUCCCACACGUGUUAUCACGACAUUCCUGAGGCUAUCAUAUGUGUGUCUCGCGACCAUUAAGUAUCCAUAUAUUACACAUUUAUCUUUAAAUUUCAUAUACGGGGAUGUCAGGCUAAGCUUUGAUUAUUUGUUAAUAUGGCUUUUAACAUGA